AUGCUGGCGGCCAACGGCUGGCGCGUGUUUGCGGGCGUGCGCAAUGAGGCGGCUGCGGACGAGCUCCGGGCGAUCAGCCCCCUGAUUGAGCCCAUCACGCUGGAUGUGGCAGACCCCGGCAGUGUGAACGCGGCCGCGGCCCAGGUCCGCGAGGCAGUGGGGCAGGAUGGCCUGCAGGGUCUGGUCAACAACGCAGGGUUUGGCAUCUUCGUCCCAGUGGAGUGCCUGACCGAUGAGGCGUGGGAGUCCGUGAUGAACGUUAACGUGACGGGCGUGCUGCGCUGCACGCGCGCGCUGCUGCCGCUGCUGAGGACGGGGGAGCGGCGGGGGCGUGUCGUCAACAUGAGCAGCAUCGCGGGUAGCACCUCGUUCCCUCUGUUUGGGGUGUAUGCGGCGUCGAAGCACGCGCUUGAGGCGAUGUCUGACGCGCUGCGGUUCGAGCUCGAAGAUCAGAGGAUCCCGGUCAGCAUCGUCAAGCCCGGGCCCGUCGUCACCGACAUCUGGCGCCGCGGGCGCGAGGGCAGCGCGCAGCAGCAAGUGUCCCCAGAAGCUUUCCGGCUGUACGGCGACCUGAUGGCAAAGACCACCCGGCUGACGGAGGAGAGCGAGGUGGACGGCGUGCCGGCUGACGACGUGGCAAAGGUUGUACUGCACGCGCUGACGUCACCGAGGCCGCGGUCGCGGUACUUGGUGGGCAAGACGGCGCCGAUGAUGCACGUGCUGCGGCGGCUGCUGCCCGAUGUCCUGUGGAACCCCAUGAUAUCUUCCUACUACAGGCGCAGCUGA